UGAGUCUAAGAAAUUCAACAGCCUCAUUCUGGUGUUGGGAUGUACAGUAAGAUGAGCACUGGACAACAAGGAUUUUAGGAUUCAAGUCUACGGAAGGAUAAGUGGAUGCAGCUGCAGGACUUUUUACCCAUAACGCACACAGAAGCCCACCAUGUUCAGCAGGUUAAAAAAUAUUAUGGGGGCUCCAGCGCCUCCGCCUGCUCAGGCUGCUGCUGCUCCUCCUCCUCCUGCCUCAAAUCCUCCAGCAAAGGGAGAAAAGCCUCCUGAGAAGAAAGAUGAGGGAGAACAACCAAAGAAGGAGGACAAAAAAGAAGAAGCAAAGAAGGAGGACGGAAAAGAAGAAGCAAAGAAAGAGGAAGCGCAAAAGCCAGGUGAUUUCAAUAUCGACGAUAAUAAAGACAGAGGAAUGACAAAGGCACACUAUCGGAAGUCGCAACGGUUUAAGAUCGAUUUAAUCAGCAUCAUCCCAUUCGACCUGCUCUGCCUGUACUUUCAAUUCUCUGCCUUCUACAGACUCAACCGCUUCAUCAGGAUGGAUUCAUUUUUCGAGUUCAGUGACCGGCUCGAGAGUAUCAUGGCCAAGGCUUACAUCUGGAGAGUGGCUCGCACCACAGGCUACUUGCUCUUCGCUCUCCAUCUUAACGCCUGCGUCUUCUUCAUCGCCUCAGUUCACCAGGGUCUGGCAACGACCACGUGGGUGUACAACGGGAAGGGCUCUGCGUAUUUGCGUUGUUACUACUUUGCUGUCCGGAGUCUGAUCAACAUCGGCGGUCUACCAGAGCCCGUAACCACGUUCGAGAUUAUGUUUCAAAUGACAAACUUCUUCGUUGGUGUCUUUGUCUUCUCCAGUUUGAUUGGACAGAUGAGAGACGUCAUCGGUGCAGCAACAGCGGGCAAGACAUAUUUCCGGGCAUCAAUGGACGGCUGUGUCGUCUACAUGAACAGGUACACGAUCCCUAAACUGUGCCAGAACAGAGUCCGAACCUGGUACAACUACACGUGGGCUGCACAGGGCAUGCUGGAUGAGUCGGAGUUGUUGGACAAGAUGCCUCUGGUGAUGAGAACUGCCAUCGCUGUGGACAUCAACCUGGCCACUUUUCAGAAGAUCGCACUGUUUCAGGGCUGUGACCAGCAGAUGCUGGUAGACAUGUUGUUAAGGCUCAAGUCAAUCGUCUAUUUACCCGGAGACUUUGUGGUGAAAAAAGGCGACAUCGGGAAAGAGAUGUACAUCAUCAAGAGUGGAGCAGUGCAGGUGGUGGGAGGACCUGACAACAGCAUCGUGUUUGUCACACUGAAGGCUGGAUGUGUGUUUGGAGAAAUCAGUUUAUUACAAUCAGCUAAAGAUGGAGGAAACAGGCGCACCGCAAACGUCAAAGCGCAUGGCUUUGCAAACCUCUUUGUCCUCGAGAAGAAGGACCUGUUUGACAUCCUCGUCCACUACCCCGAGUCCCAGAAAGUGCUGGCCAGGAAGGGAAGGCAACUAGUCAAAGCCAAAGGACCUGCACCUGCCAAAACCAAUGAGGAAAAGCCAAAAGGUGCGACUCUGUUUGCACCCAAACCACCAACACCCAAGAUGCUCAGAGCCUUCGGAGACCUGCGAAGAGGAGGAUUCAUGGAAAAACUCAGGAAAGUUGCAAGGGAGACACACUGAGCCUGGGAUUUUCAAGCAAGUAAAUGAAUGAUUUCACAGAGGAGAUCACCAUUCCUGUCUGGACGUCAAUAACCUUCAUACAGGAGUCGGCACCGACGCUGAGAACAUGUCGACUGUCUGAGGAUACACACAUUUGCUUAAUUUGAAUAAACAAUACUUAUAAGUCUGUUCUCUGGUCUCUCUGUUUUUUUUUUUUUUUAAAUCUGCAUGUCUUUUAACCCAACAAAGCACUUUGUGAACUUUAAUUGUGUGAAAAAUGCUAUAAGAAUAUAUUUAUUCUAAUAAUAAAUAUUAAAUAUGAGAAUCAACGGAUAAAUAAACUGUACUUGGCAUAAUUCAUGAACAACGUG